AUGGCUGGAGUUGGCGCAUUAUCAUCUGGAUUGGGAGGGGGGCACCAGCCGCAACCGAGAAAAACCAAUCACCCCCUCAGCUCGCAAAGUGGAGCUGGGAAGCGGGAGCAGCCAAGGGACGCUCAUGACGAGUACGAGCCUGCUCCUGGUGAGGUGACCAAACACUUGAGGGCGCACAGCAUCGGGGUCUGGACUCAUGGCAACUUUGUGGCUCGCCGCAAGCGCUCCGGUUGCUUCUCCUUCCUUCCUGCUCCAAGGACUCUCUUCUUUUUUGAGCUCAACCGUACCAGUGAUUUCUAUGGAGUCGUCACAUGCACCCCCUUAGAUGAACCAGUUACUGAAGGUUAUAGUGUCCUGGGUUUUCCUAUUUGGUGGGGUAGUCGUCGUGAUGGCAGAUCGGAUUGCAUUUGCAAGACCUGUUAUCGUCGCUUUGAUUCUGAACACGAGACACCAGCAUGUGGGCACGGCAAGGCAGAAAGGAUUUGCGAGAUGUGCUAUCAUAGCUCCGCCGUGCUGCAUCCAUUCCCUGGAGAAUUUGCAUAUGGCUAUCGCGAAUACCUUUACCGCUGCUACUACUGAGCACCGAUCAUCCAUCUUCCGCGUUAACCAAUGUGUGCAUAGAAUACUGAUUAGUUGAUAUGGUACAUUCAAGAUGAUGAUGGUUUCGCUAGACGUGCUUGUGGUGGUGGUAUAUGUAGAUUGUUGGUUCCCAUGGUCUAUAUGUUCAUGGAAUAUGUGUUUCUUUUUUGUUGCUUUCUAUCGAAUCGGAGGUUACAAGUUAACGUCAUGCUUAUAAUAUAUCUGAUUCGUGUACGGAAUGAAUCUAGAAUGUUCUUUAUGUGUUUUGUUUGCA